AUAGGGCUGGCGUCGGGCUUCGGGCGUUGUGUGGGCCUCUCCGCUCGAUAACUGGGUCGCGCCGCGCAGCAGGCCUUGAGUUAGCGGUCUGGUUCCGGCGGCUGUGGAACUCCUGCCGCCACCUCCGCCGCCGCCAACACCACGUGACGCAUGCGGGAUUUAGCCGCCCCCGCCCCUGCGCCGCGCAGACCAGACCACACCACGCCAGCGAGAUUUUGCAUAUCCGAUUACGUUCUUUAGCGUUCGUGACUCAAGGAAUGGAAGUGUCGUUUCGGUGUGUGUAGCUAGUGUUAAUACAGUCAUUUAGAAGAGAAUUUUUCAAAUACGUGUUUUUGCAAUUUAAUCAGCAUUAUAUAGAAUUGUCAAUUUUGAGUCAAUACCAUAGAGAGGAAAUAAAAACAGAUAAGGAAGUUGCAAAGCCUUUGUUUUCCGAGCGUGGUUAAUUCACGAUGCACAACCAACAAUUUCUGCCUCGCGUAAUCGAGGUGAGUUCAUACGAAUGGCAUCUGAAGGCCACACGUAAACCUCGUAGGUUGGUGACUUUCGAUCAACCCAAAGUGAAUCACGAAUGUUUGGCUUUGUCUGAUAAUUUUUCUUUAUCUUAUCAGCUAAGUGAUUAUCACAUUUUGUAAAACUCUUUGUUUUAUGCGCGUCGGGAGAGGUGGUGUUGAGCUCAUUCUCAGUUCACAAUCUGGCGCUGCUCUACUACGCAUGCUCAGUGUAUUACGUCACGACACUUGUGACAAUAUGGACGCCUGUCAUGGGUUGUUGUGAAUCAGCAGACUAAAUUGAAAGUGCAGUGAGAGCAGUAGGAAGAUGUACAUGAGAACGUUUUCAGUGUGUAUUUGUAGUUCAUAACUCAAUUCUUAAAAUGACAGAGGAGCACAGUGUACUCUUUAGUGAUGAUGACGACGAUUCUGAAAAUGGGUAUCAGACUCCUGAAAUGCAAGGAGUUCUUAGCAAGUGGACUAACUACAUUCACGGUUGGCAGAGUCGGUUUAUAGUGUUGAAGGAUGGAACACUCUCGUACUAUAAAUCGGAACAGGAUACUGGAUUUGGAUGCAGAGGCGCAAUUAGCCUAUUUAAAGCUACUAUUAAGCCACACGAGUUUGACGAGUGUCGUUUUGAUGUCUCCGUGAAUGAUUGUGUGUGGUACCUGCGUGCUGAUACACCAGAAGAUAAACAACAGUGGGUUGAUGUGCUUGAAACCUACAAGGCAGAAUCAGGCUACGGGAGUGAAAAUAAUCUGAAACGCCAUGGAAGUGCUAUAUCUCUUACAUCGAAUACACUUUCAACAGCAUCAACAUCCAGUUUUAAGAAAGGACGAGGUCUUAAAGAAAAACUUGCUGAAAUGGAAACUUUCAGGGACAUUUUGUGUCAACAAAUUGAGACCCUCCAGAAAUAUUUUGAUGCUUGUGCAGAGAUAUCAUCCUCCUUGAAAUCAUCUAAAGGAUCUGAUGAUGCAAGUAGUGAAAUCCUCAAAGAUCUUCAUGAAAAUUCAGUUGAAGAAUUUCAUAAUAACUUCACAAAAGAUCUAUCUGCAUCUUUGGAAUCUUCAAUUUCAAAGGAUUUAAUCCUUCGACAUGGUGAUCAUGCUAUAGAUUUCAAAGGAGAAGCGUUGACAUUCAAAGCAACUACUGCUGGAAUAAUUGCAACAUUGCAACAUUGUCUAGAAGUAGUAGGUCAACGAGAAGAUAUGUGGAGACGUCGAAUGGAAAAGGAAAUGGAGAGGAGAAGAAAAGUUGAGGAAUUGUACAGACAAGCUAAGCAGGAAGCUGCUAGUACACGAGUAGUUGUACACAGCAGCCCUGACUUUGAGGAAGGGCCACACAGUACUUUGAAUGAAGAGGAAUUCUAUGAUGCUGUAGAGACUGGACUGGACAAGAUAGAAGAGGAUGUAGAAUUCCGUGAACGAAUGAAGAGUAAACAAAGUGUUAAAGCUCCUCUGUCAAAGGCUACUCAACAUAAAUUGUGGCCAGAGGCGAGUAUAAAAUAUUCAUAUUUGAUGAUUAAUAAAAUAAAAGUGGCAUUAACUUUCAUAAAUCAAAGAUUACUGUUCUUAGAGCAAUGCCUUGAAGAUAGCCGGGUGGGUGGUAUUGGUGUACUAAUGUAUUGGUGCAUUCUGUUUGCAUAUCAUCAGAGAAAUUUGCCAAAAUCAUUGUGGGAGGUUCCUAUAAUUGAUCGUAUUACAAUGGAACAGUUGCACUAUGCAAGAUUGGGUGUUGGAGAAGGUGGUUGGCAGUUGUUUGCUGAAGAAGGAGAAAUGAAAAUGUACCGCCGUGAAGAGGAGUCCGAAGGUCUUGUCAUUGAUCCUCUGAAGGCAUGCCAUGUGGUGAAAGGUGUUACGGGUCAUGAAAUGUGCCAUUAUUUCUUCUCACCUGAUGUUAGAAUGGAGUGGGAAACUACUUUGGAACAAAUGACUAUAUUGGAGACUGUAGCUGAUGACACACUGGUGUUUUUGCAAGUGCAUAAACGAAUAUGGCCUGCAUCCCAACGUGAUGCAUUGUUCUGGUCACACAUGAGGAAGGUACCAGAUGAUAAGGACAGAGAUGGUCAUGACAUAUGGAUUGCAAAUAUUGGGAAGUGUGUUCGAGUGUACCUCACUAUAUGUCUAGUCUGCCAGACUUUUAUAGAUCCACCUAAAGAAGGAUCUCAAAUUACUCGUGAUAAUAUCACUUGUAAAAUAACCUAUUGUUCAGUAGUCAACCCUGGUGGUUGGGCCCCUGCCUCUGUGCUUCGAGCUGUCUACAAGAGAGAGUAUCCCAAGUUCCUGAAACGCUUCACGGCCUACGUUAUAGACCAGUGCAAGGACAAACCCAUUCUGUUUUGAGAAAGCUUAUAAUUGUAACCAGUGUGCUCCAGUUUCUGACCAACGGAAGUGGAUAGUUUUUCUACGACAGUUAAAUGUGGAAAAUAUUUAUGUUAAAACAUAAAGCUAUGAACCUAGUUUUUACAAUUUUUUGAAAUCAAUCUCUUUAAGUUUUGUGUAUGUACAGUAAUAUUGAUAUAUCUCUAUAUUCAUAUAUGCAGUAUAUAUGCAACAUCGCCAGACAUUCUAAUGAAUUCACCAUUGCAUUCAUCAGAAUAUGUAUGUAUAUCAUUCCAAAUUAUUGUAGUUAGUUUCAAGAAAACUCCAGUGAAUUAUCAGUCUGUUCUUAUAUUCCACUGUAGGGUAAGACUGCAAAACUUGAGGGUCAGCUAUGAAUUUUUUCAGUGAUGAUCAUCAAUUUGAGAAAGUAUAUAAUAUGAAUGAAAAAAAAUUAGUACAUACAUUUAAAACUGUGAACUCAAAAUUCAUUUUCUCUGAUGUUAGAUAGAAUUACAAUUCUCAAAAUAGUUUCAUAGUAAAUUUUCUUGCCAAGUGCUUCAAUUGUGCUCAGUUACUGUAAAUUAGUAAAUGUUGCUUUGCAGUUGACCAAGCUUCUAAAUAUAUUUGCUCUACAUUUUUGUUAUACUAAAUCUGUCUUAAGUGUUCCAAUAUGUAUAGUUACAAUAAUUGUUUGCUGAAAAUGGUGAGCUGAUGAUUGCUCAUAUGUACUACUUAGUACUUGCAAAAUGUGUAUCCUCCAUUACCUAAUGUGUGUUAUUGUGAUAAUAUGUUUGUCAAUUUAUUAUUUGAGAAACUUCGUUGUCAGUGAGAUCAGUGGGUAUGUUAUUAAUUGAAAUCAAAAUACCAAAGAGGAGGAGACUGACAUUAAGGAUGCUCCUCCCUCUGAAUGUUUGUUUGAAUAAACUUUAACAAAGCUGCAUAAAAAAACAUUAAAAAAAAGUUAUUGGAUAUGCCCUUUUAAUUGAGAAGUUAGUUCUGUUUUCUUUGUGCUAGACAUGUUGAACUCCACUUAAUAUUCAUUUACUUUUGUAGAUGAUACCUAGUAUUAUACAAUGUAUCUUCCAUAUUUAUACCUUCCAUUUGUCUCUAAAAUUAUCAGAAUUGCUUCCGAUUGAUAUUCAGUUUGAUGUCGUAUAUUACCUGACAGUCGGAAGUGUAAUUUAGCUGGUUUAUAAUCUAUCUGCAUCAAGGAGUAAUGUUGCAAAAUUGAUAAGUACUGUAGGAAGAUAUUUACAUGAAGCUAAGCAAAUUUAGUGAAACUGAGUACAUUUGUGCACAGUGAAUAAAUUCUACCAUAUUUUGGAAUGAUAUAUUGGUUUUUGAAUCAAUGUAAAAUAUUUUCUUAAGGGUGUUUACAGACUGUUUGUAUAAUUUAGGUUAUUUGAAAAGUAAUGAGUUGUGAAAGAAAUAUUCACGAAUGUAUGUGGGUGGCAGUGUGCCUUGCCUUGGAUAAAAAUGUGCAAAGCAAUGUAACAAUGCUUCGUUGUUCAAAGAAUAUGUUUUGGUGUGCCUUGAAUAUGAGUAUAGUUUCACAGGUUAUUUAUUCAGCACACUGCAGAAGUUCCAUGCUUUGACUUUAAUUUGCAAUUUAUUACGAAUCUCCUCAUUUUAGUUUGUGGUGAGGAUCAAUUUUCAGACCCAGGGCUUGUCUGUGUAUUAGAAUAGAUUUUUAUGGAUAAUUUGUCAGCAGAUUGUUUUGUUUCCUAAAUGAUAUAAUCUCAUGUAUAUUUUGUCGUAUUGUUCAGGUACAAGAUAAAUUUAGAAUAUAGAGAAUAUGAAAAAGAGUACAUUAUUUGUACCAAAGAAUUUUUUUAUGCAGUUUCCUCUGUCCAGAACACAAAUGUACUUUUUUACCUAUGUAUGUUUUUCUAGAAAUGUUGUUUUGAGGACUUAAGAAUUAUAAUUAAGUAUAGUUGAUGGUGAUUGUUUCCUUUGUGUAAUUUUUUAUUGUACAGUGAAUCUCAUUGUUGCAUACAUCUUCUUUGUCAUUAUGUGUACUCUUGUCUGUGUUGUGUGAUACAAAAUUGUCGCUACUGGCUUCUUUGCAUGGUCCAGUUAAACUUCUUUAUUACAAUCAUUGUGAAGUCAAAGAGUUUAUUGAAAAGUUGCAAGAGUUUCUGUAAGUAAUAAACAUUUAUCCAUUAUGCAAAUAUUUGUAAUUUCUCAUAGAACAUGACAGUUUCCUAUUUUGGAUAUGAUGUCUUUCUGAAAGGCAAUUGUAUAUAUAACAUCUAAAUGUAAACCUGUGGAUGGAAUUCAUUUACAUUUAACAUUGUUGGCUGUGCUUGGGACUGGGACCUAUUUAUGUGUCGAGUUGUUUUAGCAACAUUGCAUAUUUUUGCCAGUGUUGUAUAUUUGCUUAUUGUGAGAACAUUAAAAUAUAUGCCAUUAGAAAAGUGUAUUCACUCAAAUUUACC